GGACAUCAACCUUUGGGAAAGAGGCCAGGUGUGGAGGCCUGUCCCCAGCAGGGAGGAAAGGCCAGGUCUACCAAAGGCUGGGGUCUGUCCCUGUGAUCCCUGAUGCCACAUCGCUGAUGCAGCUACGGGAAGAUGGCACGAUGGCCUGAGCCCAGGAGCAGGGGCAAAGCUCAGGUUGGCAAAGGGUCAGGGGUCUGGGGUCAGGCUGGAGGUGAGGGAGGGGCCGGGCCUGAGGUCAGGUCUGGAAGGAACAGGAUGUCUGUGCUGGGGAGGGAGGGUGAGAGCAGUGCCAGAAAGCAGCUCCUGGGCAGCCCUGGGCUCCUCCCCACCUGGCCCCGUCCCCGGAGCCCCUCCCUGUCCUCCCAGCUACAGAUCCGCCCAGGGGCACCGACCAGCUCCCUUCACAAUGCUGGUGGUCAGUGGCGUUUAUCCCCAGCUACGCCUCCUCCUGCUCCUGCUCCUGGCCCCCCACAGCCAUGAGGAGGGCCUCCCUCCUCAGCGAAGGUUUGAGUACAAACUCAGCUUCAAAGGACCAAGGCUGGCAUUGCCUGGAGCUGGAAUACCCUUCUGGAGCCAACACGGAGAUGCCAUCCUGGGCCCGGAGGAAGUGCGGCUGGUCCCAUCCAUGCAGAACCGGAGCGGUGCCGUGUGGGGCACGGCUCCUGUCCUCUUCUCUGCCUGGGAGGUGGAGGUGCAGAUGAGAGUGACUGGGCCGGGGCGCCAGGGAGCCCAGGGCAUGGCCGUGUGGUACACCCAGGGCAGGGGCCAUGUAGGCUCUGUCCUGGGGGGGCUGGCCUCAUGGGACGGCAUCGGGAUCCUCUUCGACUCUUCAGCCAAGGACAGCUGGAGCAGGCCUGCCAUCCGUGUGCUGGCCAGUGAUGGGCCUACCCCUGACGAGCAACUAGGCUGGAGUCCAAGCGCCCACAGGGAUGGAGGCAGCCGGGAGCUGGGCUCCUGCCACCGGGACUUCCGGAACCGGCCACAUCCCUUGAGAGUGCGGAUCACCUACUGGGAGCAGAGGCUGCAGGUGUCUGUGAACAACGGCCUCAUUCCCAAUGGCCCAGAAGAGGUCUGCGUUGAUGUGGGGCCCCUGUUUUUGGCCCCUGGAGGUUUCUUUGGGGUCUCAGCAGCCACCAGCACACUGGCAGAUGACCACGAUGUCCUGUCCUUUCUCACCUUCAGUCUGAGUGAGCUGGGUCCACAGCCUCCCCACCAGCCCUUCCUGGAGGUGGAGCAGCUCCGCCUGGCAAGGCAGCUAGAAGGGCUGUGGGCAAGGCUGGCGCUACGCACCAAGGAGGACGUGAUGCCAAAGCUGGGCUCCGAAAGCCAGGGCGAGGCUCUGUCCCAAUCCCCAGGGGAAAGGACCUUUGAUGUGGAGGCAACACUGGGCAGACACAGCCGGAUCCUGCAGGCCCUUCAGGGUCUCUCGGAGCAGCUGGCCCAGACUGAGAGGAGCUGGAAAAAGCAGCUGGGAUCCGUGGGCCAGGCUGGGCCUGAAGGAGCCUGGGACUCUGCCCGGGCCAGCGCCUUGCUCCAGGGACAGCACACUCUGCUCCGGGCCCUGCAGGGGAUGAGGGAUGCAGCUGCCCACAUGGCCUCCAGAGCCCAGGUCUUCUACUUGCCUGUGGGUACCAAGCAUCAUUUCUUAGAGCUGACCCAGAUCCUGAGCCUCCUGCAGAAAGACCUUCGGGGCCCAGCGAAAUCGGCAGCCAAGGAGCCCCGCCCACCUGGCCGGUCCCCAGGGGCCUCCUCAUGUCUGCGGCCUGGCAUCUUCCUGUUCUUCCUCCUCAUCCAGACUGUAGGCUUCUUCUGUUAUGUGCACUUCAGCAGGCAGGAGGUGAACAGGAGCCUUCAGGACUAUUUGUCCACAGGCAGCCUUCCUCUGAGUCCUGCGCCAUGCAUCCCUAGGGCCCUGGGGGCUCUGAGGAGGCAGCCCCUCUCCUCCAACAUGCAUGCGUGACCCACCGCUAAGCCCUGAAGAAAUAACCACUUGUCAUUGGAAGUAAAUGGUCCCUGGGGGUGGCUGGCUUGGCCAGUAGCCUCUCCCUCUGGGUGCCCAGGUCUUACCUACACCUUAGCUUUUAGAGAAUUUCCAACUUUACUAAAGGUGAUUUCCCUCUC